AUGUACCAGGACUUGAAGCGUUACUACUGGUGGAAUGACAUGAAAAGAGAGAUAGUUGAGUUCGUCAGUAAGUGCCUAGUGUGGCAGCAGGUGAAAGCCCCGAGACAGAAGUCAGCAGGCUUGUUACAACCAUUGAGUGUGCCAGAAUGGAAGUGGGAGAAGACUGAUGGGCAAACAGAACGUUUGAAUCAGAUAUUGGAAGAUAUGUUACAUGUCUGUGCUAUAGAGUUUUCAGAAAGCUGGGAUGCUCACCUACAUUUGAUGGAAUUUGCUUAUGAUAACAACUACCAGUCUUCUAUUGGGAUGUCGCCCUUUGAGGUGCUUUAUGGAAAGAGUUGUAGGUCUCUGGUGGCAUCGACGAAGGUUGUUUUGAGGUUUAGAAGGAAAGGAAAACUGGGUUCGAGAUUUAUUGGGCCUUUCAAGGUCUUGCAGCGAAUUGGCCCUGUAGCUUACUGCUUGGCAUUACCUCCAUCACUUUCUUCAGUUCAUAAUAUCUUCCAUGUUUCGAUGUUGAGAAAGUAUGUGACAGAUUCGCCCCAUGUAGUUGACUUCAAGCCAUUACAGUUGAAUGACAACUUAAGCCACAGGGAGAAGCCCGUAGAAAUUCUCGCCAGAGAGUUAAAGACAUUGCGCUAUAGGGAGGUUGCAUUUGUGGGUUAUGUGGCAGAAUCACUAGUUCAAGGAAGCUACCUAGGAGUGAGAUGA